AUGCAAGAAGGAGUUCAGCCAGGCUCUUUGAACUCUAAUGCUGCCAGCUCCGGAUCACAAGAUAUCCAGCUCCCAUCUCUACCGACGGAGAAAACUUACUACCAAUUGCAUCAUAGCGAAAUCGAACGGCCACUCUACGAAACAAAGAAGACAAGUUUGGAAACGAUCGACACGACCCUCUUCCUGCUUCAAGAUGUGCUUCUGAAUGUCCUCAUGCAGAUUCGUAAUCAAGAUAGCUUCUAUGAAUGCUAUUCAAGUGCGAAAAGGCACUAUGAAACCUACUACCCCAAGUUACUGGACAUAGAACCCGUUUUCAAAAUUCUCAUGAAUUACCCCACAGAAAUCCUCUCUGCGAUGUAUAUACCUGUUAUCCUGCGAUUCUUCAAAUGGUGUGAAAACGCAGCACAUGCGUCAGGUGAAGCUCGUAUUGGAAGGGCCAUAAUAACAUCAAAGAAGAGCAUAGCAUUCUUGACAGACGAUUUGAACGAGUACCAAUACAACACUGGAACUUUGCAUCAAGCCUUUGAAGCUUUGCGACUUCUGCAAAGUCUACAGAUGGCUUUGUUCCCCCAAAAGCCACUACUUUACAAUGAUCCUACAGAUGAAGAAAUGUUAACAUCUCAGUGGAAACCCCUAGAUAGUGAAGAGGCAAGCACCCUAAUGAAUACGUUACUUAAUAAAGCAAACCUGGUAGGGAUUGAAUCACCUGCAAGAUCAGCUGAAGUAGGUCAGGUAGUGCCAUUGGAAAACACGGAAAACUAUCCCAUACUCUCUCCUGUCCCCCCGCAAACAAGUACUUCAUCAGCUAACAUGACAUACCAGUUACCUCAACAUAUUCCGUCACUUCCAUCGGUGUCAGGAUCCACCAUGGAGUUCUCUGAACCAUCACUCAUGCAGACCUCAAUGCUUAGCACAAGUAAUCCGCCUAAUAUGGAUAAUCUAUUCACCAAGACGCUCCCGGACGUCUUUCAAAAGUUAGAAGCAUUACAUGCAUCUAAUACUGAGCUGAAGAAGGAAAAUGAAUUGCUUCUUCAUCACAUGAAUUUGUUAAAAUCGCAGUUUCUAUCUUUACGCAACUACGUGGACGAUGUUUUGGUAAAAACUCCGUCAUCAGCAUCACCCAAGAUGGUAAGAAAAUCAUCUGUAAAACCCCAUCAAUCAGUAACCGGCCUAUCUUCAAAUGUAAUAUUAAGUCAUGGAAAUCCAACCAGUACCAAACUAUCCAGUAUGGAACAAAACUAUCAACCGUCAGAGGCAGGUGAAACUAAAAUUCACGAACAAUCUCUUGGAGGCUAUGAGAAUUUUUUGGGUUAUACCGGUCCGACCUCAAUUUCUCAAGAUCCAGAAUCUAUCCCAACCUUACCGUCCUCUGAACCCAUGUCUAAGGAUGAAGGCAUGGUGUUCUUUAACACUGAAUUACAGGCUGGAAAGGAAUUAAAAAACGUAAGCACCAGACAGCCCAUAAGGAAACAAAGACCAAAGAUUAAAAACUUCGAAGGGGUAAAGCUCUCAAAGGGCGAACAGUACCAACCUCCGGUGACAUCUGAAGGAAAGCAUUAUCUUUUGGACGAAUAUGGAAAGUUAGCUAUAGUUAUGGCUAACGAUCAGGACUCCAUUUAUGGAAUUUAUAAUGAGUAUUAUCAAUCCUUGAAACCACAAGUCGAGUCAUAUGUUCGGGACUUUGGGAAAAAGAGCCUUGUUCAAUUCAAAAAGAAGCGGACUUUCCAGAAGAAAAAAGCUUUUGUUUAUUUGGUGGAGAGGAUGGCGUAUCUGUGUAAAAUGAACCCUGAACAAGUUCUGGAAAUAAUUGAUGAUAUAAGGGUGAAAGAAAAUAAGUCUAUUGUUUGGGCUUGUAACAACUUGGGACUCUUGAAAGAUGUCUUAGUUCAACACAGGCCUGAUUUGAGAGAAGCAGUUAUAUCCGACGUAGAAUAA